UUGGGUAUUGAAAGUGGUCAGAAUUGUCGAGAAAUGAACAAUCUAAGUCUUAAUGGCAAAGAUUGGGACUUGUUACUUUCGAACUUCAGAAAAACUUUCAGAAACCGCAUAGCAAAAAGCUCUGUUCGUUUGUCGACAUCUGGUGGAAAUCAAAUCACAUCAUUGCCGCAUUCCAACAUCAGCGUCUGCAAAAAAACCCUAUAAGACUGUGAAAUCUUCAGAUUACACAGCAAAGACUUGAUCUAGCAUAGGAGUAUUUGUCCAUUGUGCAUAGAAGUGCCUAAUUAAGAUCCAUUGCUAUAUUAACAUGCACGGUAAAAGUGCAAAUGAAGUUAAAGUUCCACAACACUCUGGCCUGGCUGUAAGAAACGACAACAUCCUUCAACUACAAGGUUCAUUCCUCUCAGAUUGUAGAUAAUGCUGACGCAGUUGCCUGUUGGAAAUAUACUUUUUGUGAAUAUUCAAGUUCAGUGCAUAGCAAGAAUGUUCGGCUGAUAAUAUGAUGGGCAAUUUUAUGGAUGAAAUCUUUGUGCAGAUAAGGGGCACCUUUUCAUGUAUAAAAGACACCUUUUCAUGUAUCUUUUUUCUGUUUUUGAGCUACACGAGAUGUUACAUUUCUGUUUCAAGAUGCAUUUACUUUGUAUAGGCACCCGACAGGGUCAACAUCAUCUAGAAAAACUUUAUGAAUUUCUGAUAUAACACCAUAAACUGUUUAAACAGCAUUAACUAUUUAAACAACAACAACAACCAAAGCUAGACAAUAUUUUGAUACUUCUACGACGUACUUUAACUUCUAUCAUGACUUUAAAAGUUUUAAUGCACCUUAUCUUAAUUAAUUGAUAAAAAUCAAGUUGAAAAUUUAUGAAUAGACAACCUAUGCCGGCUAGACCUCGUUUACACCGAGAACUGGCGGCGUUCUUGAAAGCAAUCUACAGAUAUUAAGUGGCUUAAGACAUCUGUCAAUCGCUUGUUGGUUGUUCUACUGUUGAUUAAAAGACGCUUUAGACCAAUGUUUUUGAGUAUAAAGAUGUGAUCAAAACUCGACAGAAUCAGACUAUUCUUGAGCAAUAACAUUUUCUGUCAGAGACACAGAAGGACCAGCUUUUGCUCGUUUCUGGAAAGAUGAUGCUGGCAGCCUUCGUUCUUUUAUGCGGCAUUCUGUCACUUAGCGUGACUGCAGAAAAUAUUAUUCGACAUCAAUGUGGAACAGAAGCAACAUUUUACAAAAUUGCAUCAAAUCAUUCACUUAAUAACGGCGACAAUACUGUAACAUUGACAACCUCAGAAGGCGUUUCUGGAUGCAUCGAGUUUUGCGUGAAGAACGAAAGCUGUAAAGCAUUCAAUUACAAAACUAUUUCACCAGUUGAAUCAAUAUGCGAGCUUCUGUCGAAUGAUAGAAACACGAAGGAUGUUGUAGCAAGGGAAGGUUGGAGUUAUUAUGACACUGGGUCAUUUUCAUCACAGAUUGGCCAGCACUGUAGAAAACUGUCCUACAACCCUUGUUACCCUUGCCUAUGCAUGGAUUCAUGCCACUCAAGUAUUGGAUAUAGCUGCAACUGCACACAAGAAUCUCCAUGUCAGCCUGAUAUUUUCAUUGCUUUUGAAACCACCUUAACUGGAAAUCCCACAAAAACUGUCUAUAACAGGGGGAAGGAUAGAAUUGAGAAUAAUGUUUUGACAAUGAUUAACGGUGCAACCAUCGGUACUGUAUUGGACCGGCCAGGCAAAGUGCUGAAAAUUGUUGGUAUCAAUGCUGGUGCUAUCGUGGGUAACUUUCAAGACAGCUGUAUCAAUAAUCCAGAGGCUGGUCUCUGUAGUUUAUCUCUAUGGUUACGCAUUGUUUCUCCAAACCCUGGGCACCAAACUGUUAUUGGUACAGGAAGGUUGAAAUGGAACACAGGUCUUCUUGUGCGUGUUUACAACAACGCAAAAUCCAUCAUUGCCCGCUUUGUAGCACCCGAGAAACACCUAUCUACUAAGACUUCACUGCCUGACACACUGCAAUCUUGGACGCAUCUGACUGUAACCAGCAACUGGAAAUCUGCAAAACUCGUUCUUUACAUUAAUGGUAAGAUUGUGGCAGAGGGUACAACGUAUGGAACAACUUCUGCAUCACCAACAGGCCACCCAGAUCUUAUAAUAGGAGCCGGAACACUGUAUCCCCUGGUUAAUGACUACUGGGCUAUGCAACUCGAUGACUUGGCAAUUUGGGAUGGCUACCUGUUGAAACCCGAAGAAGUCGUCUACGUAAUGAAUCAAGGUAUACAAGUUUGCAAUGUAUCUAUAGAUUCCCUUUUCUGUUUUACGUCCAACUCGAAGGCUUCGGGACGUCCCUGCCUGUACUUGAUGAUUUCUUUCUUUUUUCCAGGCUUCGUUUAGCAUUACUUGGCUAGAUGCGAAACAUACAUGGUUUGCAGAAGAACUGAAUAAUGGAGAUUUGCAGAAGAAUUAGACAUUGAGAUUAAAUUGAAAAACUAGCAUUUUGCAUCACUAACAAUAGCAUGACAAAAGCAUGUAUCUUGUAGUUAUAUUUAAUACAUUUGUUGGCACUGCAUCUUUAAGUUAGCAAUUAAUUAAAAAGGUAUUGCACCAAGUAAUAAAAUAAAAGCAAAUUGGUUUUAAAAUUUUGGAGAGACUAAAACUGAGGAAAACGUUUCAUGAUUGAUAAAUAAGAAAAAUUGAUAUUUGAAGGCCGCCAAAAUAGCAUUAGUUUACACUUCAUUGGUUUGAAGUUUUAGUUUAACCUAAAAACUUUACCCAAAAUGCAAACAGUUUCGAUAAAGGCAUCCAGAUUAAUACAUGAUUGCUAUGUUUAAUUUAUAAAUUUGAUGCUAGAGAAUAGUUUCACUGUGCCAAAAUAAGUAGAUUGUCUUGAUUAAUUUGACAAUUAGUUUUAAAAUACUAAGCACUUAAGAUAUAAAGAGCUUUAUACCUCGUCCACAGGUCACAUCAUACACAUACUACUUUUUCAACUAUGUAACUUGGAUUUCUAUCUCUGGUGAACAGUCGGACUUGAACAAUGCCGUUAGGCUGGAAUACAACAUUUUUCGAAAAAUUUGAAAAUGGCUUUGAAAAGGCAAACAUUUUGUAAAAUACUUAAAGCUUAAUCGUCUGACGCUUCUCGGAAAGAGUGUCAGAAUCAGGGUAUUAUAGAUGAAGAUGGCAAAAGCAUACCCAGCUGUGGAUCGAAAAUGGCCGGUCCAUAGCUGGAUAAAUGUAUUUGGAAAUUAGUUUGAUAAUUGCUUCAUACUCUGAAGAGAGUCGGACAAAAAUCUUUAGAAUGUCUUGUGAAUGUUUGUUUUUUUCAAAGCCAUUUUCAAAUUUUGUAUCAACAAAAUUUUUCUUGGAACUAUUCGACUAUUACACGAACAAACUUACAUGCAGAUACACGACAAUUUGUGAGGAAAAGUGUAUGGCUUUUGAAUAAAAACUUUCUGAAGGAAAUCUGUUUAAAAACGCUUCAGAAAGCAUUUGCCACCAGAAUAGAAUAUUUUGAGCAUGUCAUGUUAUAGUUAGAAAUUCCAACUUAUGCGGAAAUCCACAAUUAUCUAUGAAAAAUUUGAGGGUAUGGUUUUGAUAAUUUACAAUAUUUUCAAAAAGUCUUUUCUGACAAUGCUUAAAUUAAAUAAGAACCUUCAGUUUUUAUCAUUGCAAGGUUAAGAAAAUUGAAUCACAUUUGGCAUAUCAAUUUAUGUAGAGUCCCAUAAUUUAUGCAUGGUUUUUGAAGGGAAAGGGAGACAAGCGGCCUAACAGGUCGGGAAAUGCUGUUUGGUCCAAAUUCAGAUAAAAAUUUUCGAGUUCGUAUCAACUAUCAUAUCAGUCUUUCUUGUGUUUUCUAAAAUGCAAUCAUGUUAUUGAUUAUAUAUAUAUAUUUAUAAUAUAUAAAUAUAUAAAGAUGUAAA